GCCUCACUGGCUGCGGCAGCUUACCGCCAUCCUCGCCCUGACAAAUGUCUCUCUAUUUAUUAGAUGCAACAACUCACUAAGCUCCCGUAUCCUCCCCUCGUCCCCUCAGUUCCCGAGCCACAUCCUGAAGAUGAGCACCCUCCGCAAGCUCAAGGCGUACAUCGUCGGCGGCGUCGGCGCAGACCAUGGCUCCGAACUCAAGGCCGCCGACGUCCCUGUGUCUGACGCGGACUGCCGGGGGUGCGCAAACCCCUGCGAUGAAGGACACGAUGAAUAUCCAUCAAGGUUCGAUGUGGACAUGGAAACAGAAAUGCUCGGUUCCAUGAAGCCGUACGCUACGCAGGUUGUCAUAUCUACCGGGAAGUCAGACUGGGAGAGGGAGGUGACGGAUGCGUCGGGCACGCUCGCCGCAUACAUCGACUCCGCCCGGGGCGAGUUCAAACCACCCAAGGACAAGGGAGGCAAGGACGCGAACGGCAAGGGCGGCAAGGACGCUGCAGCGAACGGCAAGGGCGGCAAAGACGCUGCAUCGAACGGCGCGGGCGGUCUUCCGGGGGUGUACAAGUCCACCGAGAGCUCGAAGGUUACCAUCCUCAACGGGAGCCAUAAGACCGUCUGCGACGACGCUACACGCGAGACGGUCCUGGUGUUCCCGCAGUACAAGGUCGUUACGAGCGUGGAACGCUCGGAGGAGGGCGCGAAGAAGCUCCUGCACUCGCUGAAGGCCGAUGCGAGGGAAAGCGAUGCUCUGAAGACCUAUGUGCUUCCUUACUCUUCCGUCAUCAUGUUAUGCUCACACAAGCGGAGGGACAACCGCUGCGCCAUCGCGGCGCCCAAGCUCGAGCAGACAUUCACAGCCGCGCUUGAGCAUGAGGGCUGGGAGGUCCACACCCAGAUCGAGGACCCUUCGCUCUCGGGACCUCCCCUCGAAGAGUUCACCGGCUCAGACGAGCGGUUGCGCGCGGAGGUCGAAAAGCGGCUGAAGGAUGUCGCAGAGCAGAAGCGCGUCCUCAUAAUUCGCAACUCACACAUGGGCGGACACAAAUUCGCCGGAAACGUCAUUAUCAACUCACCGCAGGGUGCGUGCGUAUGGUAUGGGCGCGUUACGCCCCAUGAGGUAGACGCUAUAGUGAAGGAGACGAUUUUGGGAGGGAAGGUCUUGCCCCCGCUUCUGCGCGGAGGGCUCAAUCUCUCCCGCCCUGGCCACGCGAGCCUACAUGAUUGGUAGACACUUCCGAUGUACGCACCACGACUGUUACACUUAUGGGAACAUUACUAUGUUGGGUUUUCA